UUUUGAUUGGAGCUCGACUCGUGCGGUUCGCGGUCGGUGCGCAUGCGCAAAAAAAGCAAGAAAAGGCAUUUUGAUCGUAACGCGAAAUCAACUACAGUUCCUGGACAACAUGUUGUGGCUGCUGCUGGUAGCGCCAGCGCUGUCGCUGCUGCUGCUCAAUUAUCGCUGUGGAGCUGUGGCAAAUGUCACGGUAAUCGAAGACAUUAGGAACGCCUUCAGAGGCAUCACCAACGACACUGAGCUGCUGGACCACAUUAUACCGGAAAUGUACGGCUCAAGUAUGCGCAGUGCGAAUCCCAGCUUUGUCUUCCGAAUGCCCAGCGGUGGCAGUGAGGGCUACGAGCUGCUCACCAUGCAGCGUUCUGAUUUUGCGGAACCAAUCUUCCCGAAUGUCAGCGAAUCAAUAGCACCCACGGUCAGCGCACCCUCGACCGCUGAGCCGCCGGAGACGAAUGUGAAGACCAGCCUGGUGACCUCUCCCCAAGCCGAAUGGCAGCAACUGGGCCUGGAGGGAUGGGCGGGUGAAUUGAACCCUCCCCUGCCCUGGCUGGAGCAGAGCCACAAGGAUUCCCGUCCAGCGAUCAGCUGGCAGAAUACAUACCCGCGCGAUGAGAUACUCCUCGAUCUGAAGAACAAGCACUUCGAUGGCCGUGUGACCGACAUACGGAUCAUAGCGAGUGGCGCGAGUGGCAGGCCAGCAGAGCUGGAGGAUCUCAUGGACGGACAGAAUGUGUAUAUUGCGCGGGUGAACGAUCCCUUUGGCUACUCCAUGAAGUGGACGUUCAGCAACGACAGCAGCAAGGAGCCAACAGUCGCCGUGGAUCGCGGCAAGCGGGACGUGGCCAAGCUGUACUCCAUGAUCAAGUGCUCCACAGGCUGCGAUCCGUUGAUAUACAAAGGUUAUGGCUGCUAUUGCGGCUUCGGUGGCCAUGGAGUGCCCGCCGAUGGCAUCGAUCGCUGCUGCCGCCUGCACGACAAGUGCUAUGGCCAGAGCAACUGCAUCUCCUACCUGGAGUACUUUGUGCCGUACGUGUGGAAGUGCUAUCGGGGCAAGCCCCUGUGCGCCGUCGAUCAUGGCGAGUGGGGAGGUCCCGACUCCUGUGCGGCACGUCUCUGCCAGUGCGAUCUGCGGCUCUCGCGUUGCCUCAAGAAGUAUUACUGUCCAAAGCGCAGAUCCAUUUGCCACUCCUCCCGAUCGCGACGCUUGCAAAAUUUAAUAUUUUUCGACUAA